CACACACAAAAUAAAAUGGCAAGAAUCAUAAUUACACUCUCUACUCCUCUGUUUUUCUUCUUCCUCUUCUCCCUGCUCUCUCACCAAACCAUGUCUCAACCCGAACACUUGACUACUUUCUGCAACCCUUCCGACAACUUCACACAAACCAGUUCAUACGAAGCAAACCGAGACCUUCUACUCUCCUCUCUCCGCGUCAGUUCCUCCCUCGGAACCUAUUCAAACGCCACAGUCGGUCGUAGUCCCAACACAGUCCACGGCAUGUUCCUCUGCAGAGGAGACACCACCGCAGCGUCUUGCUCAGACUGCGUCCAGACCGCUACAAUCGAGAUCUCUACAAACUGUACUCUUAACAAAGAAGCGGUCAUAUACUACGAAGAGUGCAUGGUUCGGUACUCUAAUGUUUCCUUCUUCUCUGUUCUUGAGGUCAGACCGAGCAUCGUCCUUUACUCUCUUCGCUCUGCUCCAAACUCGAAUACGCUCAAUGAAACGUUAGCUGAUAAAUUCAACCAACUGAUUCUCAACGUAUCUUCGUCCUCUUUGGUUCCGUAUUUUGUGGAAGAUCAAGAACUUGUGACUCAAGCAGAGGGUUCUUAUAAGUUUGAGUCAAUGGUUCAGUGUAGUCCUGGUCUUGACCGGUUUAACUGUACCGUUUGUCUCAGAUUUGCGCUCUUAAGAGUUUCAACUUGUUGCGGUUCACCAAGUUCUGCUCUGAUCUUUACUCCUAAAUGUCUUUUGAGGUAUCAAACCUCUGUUUUGUCGUCGCCGCCACCGUUGCCUCCAUCCUCUCCACCUCCUCUAUCGUUGCCGCCGCCUCCACCGUCACCGGCUCUAUUUUUACCGCCUCCUGGUUUAUCGCAACCGCCACCACCGCCGCUGGUUUUCACGCGGCCACAGAGCAGCGGGUCGUUUUCUAACGUUAUUAAAGGAAACCAAAUAUUUGGGAGAAUUGCUAUGACGAUGGCAGUUUUGGUGUUUGCACUUGUGAAUUUGUGAACACAUUUGAUGAUUUUGGAUUGAAAUAAUUUGCAAUUCCUUUUAUGUUUGUCAUGUGUUGUUGUCUUCUUAAGAUCAAAAGCCACAAAGUAUGUGAAUAUUGAAAAUCAUGUUUUUUUUUGAACAUUUAACCAUGUUGAUUUUGAACAUCUAAUCAUUUUGAUGUUUGUUUGCAU